UAGAGUAUUUUAGCAUAGCAUCUAUAUAGUUAUUUAGAUUAUUUAGUGUAGUCUAGGUAGUUAAUUAGCAUAUUUGUUAGUGUAGUAUUGUUAGAAGCAUAGUUAGUUAGUAGCAUAGUAUUGCGUCAGUUAGGAUAGCUUCAAGUUAGCGUAGAUUAUCUGUAUUUAGUACAGUGGUCAGGAUGGUAUGCAGGUGUAAUGUUGCUGGUUGCAACAGCACUGCUGGACUGUAUUGCUUUCCAUAUAGACUUGGAAAUUAGGCGCCAGGGGUUGCACGUCCUUGUUCUGGAAGACCGCGAGUUCCCGCCUAGAGCUGUAGGAGUGUGCAAACUGCAUUUUACGCGGGAUUGCUUCUCCAAUGCAAUGGAGGUGGAAAUGGGCUUCUCCAAACAGCUCGCGCUGAAAAGCGACGCAGUGCCAAACGCUGCUCCUCCUGCAUGGACUCCACCACCGCAGCGGCGUCUUGAGGAGGAAGACACGCUUGAGGAGGUUUGUCAGCAGAUCUUAAAACAGUGGACUGAGUGCGGCAGCAGAUCUAAGGUGAAGGGGAAUCAAGCAAAUGAUGAGGUUCAGGCCAUUGCCAGUAUGAUAGAGAAGCAGGCACAAAUUGUGGUCAAACAGAAGGAGGUGUCAGAGGAUGCCAGGAAAAGAAAAGAGGCUUUGCUUGCCCAGUAUGCUAAUGUCACGGAUGUGGAGGAUGAAGAGGAGGAAGAGCAAACUCCUGUGGCAAUACCCAGUGAGAAAUCACUUUUCAAAAACACCAACGUAGAGGAUGUUCUGAACCGUCGCAAGCAUCAGCGUGAGCAGGUCAAAGAGGAUGCACAAAAAAAGAAGGAACAAGACAAGAUGCAACGUGAGAAAGACAAACUGGCCAAGCAGGACCGCAAGGACAAAGAAAAGAAACGCACACAGAAGGGAGAGCGCAAGAGAUAGAGAGGAAAUGCAUCCAAGAAAACUACAAUAAGGUUCUUUCCAAAAGAAAUUGGGAGAAAAUAUAAUGCAACCUCGUCUGACAAUGUAUGCACCCAUAUCUUGGUCUAGUACUGUUUACAGAAUGAUAAAAGAAAGUCUAAUGUGAAUUUUGUUGGCUUGUACAAAACCAACUACAAACCAGCAACUGGGUGAAUAUUGUAUCACUUCAACCCAUUCAUUUAUUACAGGUGAUGACUGCUGUGCUAAUUGUUUUAACAUUAACCAGCAGGUAACCAUACAUACUUGUUUCUAAAAUCAGCAUAAAACAGUUUUUUGCCUUGACAGACAUUCAGAUGUCCUGUGAACAUGUUUAUUUUUUUAUGAGAUAUCUUUUGCAGACUGCUUUUCAAUAGCACUCCAAUUAUUUUUAAUACACAGUAACCCACGACAUGGGAAGCAUGCAGAAAAAAUAUUUAUUGAACUAAUUUUCAAAGCAGCAUGAAACUAUUGGAAGCCUUCUUGUCAUGUUGCAAUAUAUGGAGAUGGCUCAGAGACAACCCAAAGACAGAGAAACAUAAUUUAAUGGGAGAAUAUAUCGACACGUACAGUUAAAUGUCCCACAAACAUCUCUUGGUAGACGUUUCUGUCUCAGUUCUGUGGUUUAUAUUUAUGAUGUUAGCUUUGCAGGACAGUAAGCAUGUGUGACGUUCUUUUAGGCAAGUGAGGUGUGUGUGUGUGUGUGUGUGUGUGUGUGUGUGUGUACACACACACAAUGGACAACUGUUCAUUUGAAGCUAAUACAUAUUGUGCCAAUACCUUUUGCCUUCUCAUGUACUGUUGGGCUACACUGUAUGCAAACAUAUAUUUAUAUCUAUAGUGGCUAAUAACUCAUAACAUCAGAUGAUUCAAUCCCUCUUUUUUAGAGUUACAUAAUUUUAAAAUUUAGUGUGCUAAAGCAUCCCAAAAUUGGGACAAUAAAUUAGAGUUGUGUAAAUGAACAUUUGUGUUUACUCUUGACUGAUGUGACAAGAUCAAGACAUAGUCUAAAUAACAGAGUUGUAAUCAUCCACAUGCUUUUUCAAAUCUAUAUGCCUUUCUUUCUUACAUGGAACAAAAAUGGAGAUGUUGGGCAUAAUGACAGUCUCGGUCACCAUUCACUCUGCAUCUUUUUUAUUUAUUUUUUUCUCCAUUCAAGGAAAGUGAAUGGUGACUGGGGCUACAUCUCAUUUGAUGUUCCUCGGAUGAAAGAAAGACAUAUAACACGUGGACGAGUAAGUGAUUACAAAUUUUUUUUUAAAAUAAAUAAUUAUAGAAUUUCAUUUUUGGGUGAACUAUGCCUUUAAAAUUAGUCAUGGAGAAUGUAGUUUUGUUUUUAAACAUUUUAAGGAACUUUAGAAGAGCAGUUUUUAACAUAAAUUUUCAUUGUCUGUCCUGAAUGCUUGAAAGCUGUUAAACAUUUUGAUUAGAUGAUCUUUUUUUAUAUGCAAUAAUAGCUGUAAGCUCUAGAAUACUGGUGCAAUUGUUACACAUUCUAAUUCCAUCUUUCCAAACACAUGCUUUCCAAACAUAUACAGUAUCUCACAAAAGUGAGUACACCCCUCACAUUUUUGUAAAUAUUUGAUUAUAUCUUUUCAUGUGACAACACUGAAGAAAUGACACUGCUACAAUGCAUAGUAGUGAGUGUACAGCUUGUAUAACGGUGUAAAUUUGCUGUCCCCUCAAAAUAACUCACACACAGCCAUUAAUGUCUAAACCUCUGGCAACAAAAGGGAGUACACCCCUAAGUGGAAAUGUCCUAUCCCUUUAAUAUACUGUAAGGUCUGAGCCUUAACUGAUUGACUAGAUAUUAGUGGGCUUUUGGGGAAAAAUGAAAGUUACUAGAUAAAUGCUUAGAAUGGAAUGAGAGUGAGAAAAAUGUUUACAAAUGGCUUUAAAAAAAUCAGCCAACUAUAUUUUUUAUUAAGGAAAGUUGAUGAGGACACUACUCUGUUAAAAAGAUUCCCAGCAAACAGUUUAAAAUUCAAAUGAGCAACAUAUUUACUGCAGCUCUACUGAGUGAUGUUUUUGCAAAUGUUUCAUUUUAUACAGACCAGGGUCUGCUUUUUUAAUUAAUAUGCAUUAAUUAAGUGUAUUCUGAAACAAUAUUUAAGUAAAUAAAUUGUAGU